GCAACGCCCCUCGUUAGGGACAGAGCGGAAGGAGUGAGUGAGCGUGUGAGUGUGUGCGAAAGAACGAGGAAAAAAAGAGUGUGGGCAGACGGUGUGCCGGGAGAAAGACAGCCAAGUUUGGAAGUGACCGAAACCAGAAUUUUGGUUGAGUUUUCGAGACUAGAACGAGGCUCCAUUCAAAGCGAUCGGCGCGCGCCAGUUUCCCUCCCUGAUACUGAGUGAUCGGAGCGGCUAGAAUAGAAGCGGCACAUUGCUCUGAUGAUCAUGACGGCAGCUGUCGAUAUGAAGCCGACGUUGACAAUCAUAAAGGCUGAAAAGAUGGACGAUCCGGAGUGUGGAGAUGUUCCGCUGCUAACUCCCGGAAGUAAAGAGAUGAUGUCCCAAGCUCUAAAGGCUACCUUCAGUGGAUUCACCAAAGAACAGCAGCGACUGGGUAUUCCCAAAGACCCCAGACAAUGGACGGAAAGCCACGUAGUGGCGUGGCUAACGUGGACUGUGAACGAGUUCAGUCUGAAGAACGUCGACUUUGAUAGAUUCUGCAUGAAUGGCGGCAGCCUGUGCGCCAUGGGCAAGGAGCGCUUCCUGGACUUAGCGCCUGAUUUUGUUGGCGACAUCCUUUGGGAGCAUUUAGAAAUGCUUCAAAAAGAAGACACAAAGCAUUACCCCAACAACGGACUGACCUCCAACUUCCAGGAAUCCCGGUAUACCUCAGACUACUUUGUCAGCUAUGGCGUCGAGCAUGCCCAGUGCGUUCCCCCCUCUGAAUACUCGGAGCCCAGCUUCAUCACAGAGUCCUACCAGACGCUUCAUCCCAUCAGCUCAGAGGAAUUACUGACACUCAAGUACGAGAGCGAAUACCCCGCUGUCAUCCUACGGGACACGCCCCUCAACCCCCUGCAGGGUGACUACUUCUCUGUCAAACAGGAGGUGGUAUCCCCUGACAACAUGUGUGUGGGACGUCUGAGCAGAGGUAAGCUGGGCGGCCAGGACUCUUUUGAGAGCAUCGAGAGCUUUGAAAGCUGCGACCGCCUGACGCAGUCCUGGAGCAGUCAGUCGUCGUUCAGCAGUCUACAGCGGGUACCUUCGUAUGACAGUUUCGACUCGGAGGAUUACCCCACGGCGUUGCACGGCCACAAGCCCAAGGGCACCUUUAAAGACUACGUGAGGGAACGUUCGGACCUCAGCAAAGACAAACCCGUCAUUCCGGCGGCGGCACUUGCAGGAUACACAGGCACAGGCCCCAUCCAGCUGUGGCAGUUUCUCCUGGAGCUGCUGACCGAUAAGUCUUGCCAGUCCUUCAUCAGCUGGACAGGCGACGGCUGGGAGUUCAAGCUUUCCGACCCAGAUGAGGUGGCACGCAGGUGGGGAAAGAGGAAAAACAAGCCCAAGAUGAACUACGAGAAGCUGAGCCGCGGCCUGCGCUACUAUUACGAUAAGAACAUCAUCCACAAGACGUCAGGGAAGCGCUACGUGUACCGCUUUGUUUGUGACUUAAAAAGCUUGCUGGGCUACACUCCCGAGGAGCUGCACGCCAUGUUGGACGUAAAGCCAGACGCGGACGAGUGAAAGUCCGCGGGAACAUAAGCAAGACAAUGAAGCCACCUGGACUGGCACUCAUUAAGUGAGCUUAACAAACAUUUAUUGGGGGGGAGGGGGCGAAAAUGUGUUUAAUGACUAACUGGUUUUGUCGUCGUAGUGCUCUUGGAUGAGGUUUUAACAGGAUACAAAGCCAAAAUUGCAUUGGAGGUGUGAUUGUAUAUAUUCUGCGAGUAUUUUUUUGCAGAUGUAGGUUGCACCGUGCUGGUGGAGCACAGGACAAGAGGACCAAGACAGGCAACUGUUCAUUUUGUUUUUUUUUCCCAGCUUGGACCAAAAAAAAAAAAAAGCGUCAAUAUGAUUAAGUAUUAUUUCACUGAUGCUGACAGCAGCCAAUGCAACCCCAUCAGUAGGCAUAUAAAGUACAUUGUAAAAUGUAUCAACAAUGAAGGUAAAAAAAAAAAAACAGCGGAACCAAACAAGUCUAGCUGUCGAAAACCUUUGAGAAGUUUGCUGACGGGAUUGCAUGGCGUGAGACUCAUACCAAGAGUGUCUGUGAGACGACUGAAAGUAACCGUUGCUUAUGAAACUUUUUUUGGGGUGUGCUUUCCUGUAUUGACUGAAAUUCUUGAGGUUGUUUUUUUGUUUUUGGUUUUUUUUUUGUGCAAAUACCAGCAGUAUUAGCAAACGUUAGACAAUCAUUGCGGGGAAAUCUAUGGUUGUUUUAAAGUAUAUAUUAAAAAAAAAAAUGUCUGUUCACUGUCGUUUUCAGCAGUGUUUGAUUAGUCGUCACAGGUAAUGUGUAGUUGAGGGACGAAUGCUCGGAAUGUCUGAAGGCAGAUCGAGGAAUCGAGGAUGGAGUGUUGAGUUUGGAAAGGGUCGAUUAGAGAGAAAGAAAGCUGCAAGUGGUGGAUGGGGAGAAGGUGAAGGAAAUCAUGCUCUCAUGAGAAUUUAGUUGGAUUCAAAGUGAAUCGCGCUCCACAAACAAAAUUCUUUUUUUUUUAUGGGCCAUGUUAUUUUCAUUAAUGUAAUCCAGCUCCACAUUUCCUGUUACGUCUUUUUGAUUCACAUUUCUUACCAAACAUUUUGUCUGUAGUUUAUCUGUCAAGUACAAAUUGGCAUUUCAUUUCAUUUCAUUUUGACUCCAAGGAAACUGAAUGUUGUUAUUUUUUUCUAAGUGUCUGGUUGUGGUAUAUGUAUAUAUUUCCUGUAUGGAAUUAUUAGUGACAGUGAUAAAAUAUUUAUUGUUUUUUUUUUUUUUUUCCACACAAUCCGCUGUAUCUCGGAAUGUUCUGGAUCCCGUUGUUUGAUGCCUCGCUUUUGCCUCAAUUGCAUCACGAUGCGAAUCAUCCACAACCAAUUGCACGCAAUCACUCCUAAAUAACAAGAAGUUAUUUAUUGUUAUGCCCAUCUCUAAAUUUCUUAUGGCACAGUUUACGGUGUUUUGCUCUAACUGGACCCCAAAAUUAUAUCUAUUAUUUUCCGGAGUACCCCCUAAAAUAUGAAUUUCACUGGAUUGCGGGGCAUUACUUUUGAUGGGAAAUGCCACUAAAUUCUCAUGAGAACAUGCUCAGGAAAAUAUGUGGAAACUCUUGAGAAUGAGAAUUGAGAUGAGUUGAAGUUAGAGGGAGCAUAUGAUUCCAUCCACGUAUGUUUGCGCAUUAGGAUUCACUGGUUGCAGAUGAGUUUGGCAAAUGGGCUGUACACUGGCUUUUAUGGGAAAUGCCAAAGUUGAGCAUCAUCUUAUAAAUACAAUGUUAUUGUUUACAGUAGCUGAAUGUUACCCAUAUUGAUGAAAAUAGCUUUGGAUAUGUCUAUUUGUACAGAUUGUGUUUCAUCAUGCGCCACAGAGAUGUGGAUUAGGCAAAUAAGCAAGCGACAAAGCCGGAAUAACAACCAAAAGCUUUGUGAGGUCUUUGGACCCCCAAUUUUGUGUAUGGACCCAAAAGUUGGGAAGACGAUGAGCGUGAUUCUCUCACAGUUUUGGAAAUGGAAAGGCACACGCGGCUUGAGCACAAAGACUCAUGUAUAAUUUAGCUUCUCGUGGUCUCCCACUGACUUUACAAGUGACGUUUCAUUGGGAAGAUGUUUGUCCAGCCAUCUUAAUCUGUAGCACGGACUCCACCGAUUUGACCUUUAAGUGUUUGGUUAACAACAGCUACACUGUUAUUCCUCCCCCUCCUACAUGUUUAAAACACUGUUUUUAUAUCGCCUCCCAUUUUAAAGAAGCGGAACUUGGCGCUGACAAAUUAUUAUUAUUUUUUAUUUUUUUGCAGAAUGGAGUUGGCUUUUUUUAGUUCCAGGUGCUGGGGGUAAACCUGAUGAUAUUUUCACAAUUAUUUCAGAGCAAUUUCUACUUUCACAGAUCUACUGUAUGUCUUAAAAGAACGUUAGCUGGUAAAUACCCUCAGUUUGUGGCAUAUGCAUAUCGCCCAUUAAAAAAAAAAAGGAUUCAGAAGGAAAACCUUUUUGUUUUCAUGUUGUUUUUUUUGUAUAUUUUAUAUUUUUGUUAUGAGAUGCUUUUUUAUUGUAUUUAGUUCACAAACAUUUGAAUAUUUUUUCAAUAAUUUAUAUUUUAUAUAUAAAAAAAGGAUUUGCAGACAUCUGGUGCUUUCAUGGGAUAUUAAAGGUAGCACAGGAUUGAACAAUGUAGCGUUUUCUUUUUUCUUGUUUUUUUUUUUUUUUUUUUU